AUGCAUAUAGAAUCAAUUCCAAUGAGAUGGGGUAAAGGAGAUAAUUAUUCUUAUCUUUUGAUUGAUACCCCAACCAGACAUGCUUGGUUAAUUGACCCGGCCCAACCAGAAGAAGUUGAAGAUUGGAUAACUAAACAUAAGCCCAAAUUUGAAUUAAAGGCAAUUGUCAAUACACAUCAUCACUAUGAUCAUUCUGAUGGUAAUGUUGCAUUUCAUAAGAAAUAUCCUGAUUUGCCUAUAAUUGCUGGGAAGGAUUCUCCAUUAGUAAGUUAUACACCAUCACAUCAAGAAGUUAUUGAUUUAGGUGAUGACUUGAGUGUAACUGCUUUACAUACUCCUUGUCAUACUCAAGACUCGAUUUGUUAUUUUGUUGAAGAUUCCAAAACUAAACAACGGGCAGUUUUCACGGGAGAUACUUUAUUCAUUAGUGGAUGUGGUAGAUUUUUUGAAGGUAAUGGGAAAGAAAUGAAUGUUGCUUUAAAUGAAGUUUUGGGUAAAUUACCUAAAGAUACUAAUGUAUAUCCGGGACAUGAAUAUACCAAAUCAAAUGUUAAAUUCUCCAAAUCAAUUAUAAAUAAUUCUGCUAUUAAAAAUUUAGAGAAGUAUUGUAAUGAAAAUGAAUUUACAACUGGGAAGUUUACUAUUGGGGAUGAAUUGGAAUUCAAUCCCUUUAUGAGAUUAAAUGACCCUCAAGUAGUAGAAAAGACUGGGUUUAAUAAUCCAGAUGAUGUUAUGGAUAAGUUACGUACUUUGAAGAAUCAAUUUUAG